AUGCCGAAUCCGAGCCUGGCGCGUCCAGCACGGCACCGCCGUCUACCCAGGUCCCGUGUGCCAUCCCGAUCUACAGUCAAUUCACCACACAGUUCCGGAUAUUCCGCGAGACCUACCUGCUCAACCGUUUUUGAGGGGAUGGGAUGUACAUGGUUGACGAGCGUCAAAAUAACGCCUCCAGUAACCUGCUCCGGGGGCGCCCUCGAGGAAAAGCGCCCCUUUGCGGUGCCUCUCAAGCGUGGCCAUCAUGAAUGGGGCCAGACUCGGUACCACGGCGGCACCUUUCGCGGGUCUCGCCGUGAGCAGAGAGCACUACCGUCCAAUGACGCCCCGGCUGCGGGCCGCAACCGCUGGUUGACGGGGGGCAGGUCAAUAGCCAAGGACAAAGGCGCCUCCGCGUUGUCCGUGGGAGGGGGUGGUGCAGUACAGUUUCCUACAUGUCUCAUCGGGACUAGAAGGGGUCACGAAGUUGGGGGCCUCGAGCACCCGCCCUUUGAGCAUGUUGGACAGGCCGAAGUUCCAACUCGCCCGUCGAUCCCGUGCCGGCGUGGGAACAAACACGCAAACAUUCAGUUUCUGACCAAGAAAGGGGUCGCCGUGUGGAUUCCUCCUCCUCCGGCCACUCUCGUCCCAGAAAGCCCGAGCCGUAGGUCACAAAUCAUGGGCCCAAACAGCGCUCCUGGCUAUCCAGUGCUGUCUGUCGCAAACGGGGGAAUCGACCCUUCAGGCUUCAUUCCUGGUUGCGGCCCGCGCGGGCGCUCCGCGAUGACUAGGGCAAGGACGGUCGAGCAUGCCCGGUUCUCGGGAAUCGGUAAGGCGAUGAUGACAGCCCGGACACUGAGGACCGAUUGCCGAUGCGCGGGGAUUUCCGCCCGGGUGCACCUGAGAAGAUGGGACGAGGGGACAGGAUCGCCGCAAGGGCGCAUCUGCCGUCUCAUCUUCAAAGCAUGUGGCGGAGCCCCGCGCACGAGCGGUUCGUGA